AUGAGUAAAGUUAAAGUAAAGUGGGCAUUUGGGAAAGUCGAGUUGAAAUUUACGGAAAACCAAAUUCUUAUCUGGCGUCAAAGGUUCCUGUCAUCAUUCGGACAAAUCGGUGAUGAGACCAAAACUUCUACAAUCAUUAACUCAAAGAUACAAAGUGAUAAAUCUGAUAAGAAUGAAAGAGAUUAUGGAGAGCGGGACACGACAGAUUCAGCAUUGAGUUUAAAUGGCAAAUAUCAUUUGCUUUCGCAUUCAUCGAAAUCAUCCGAAAAUUCCCAACGCAUCGGACCAAUUAUAUUUCACUCAGAAAUGGAAAAGACUGCGUCAGCAUUUUGA